UUUCUAGUUGAGGGUUUUUUUUUUCCAAGUGUGUUCUGAUCUCUUUUCUCGUGUAAUCGUUUUCUUUUGAUGUUUUUAGAACGAAAAAUCAGAAAGAACUGAGAAGGGGUUGGUCAGUUUGUUUGCCAAGACUAGAAAGAGUAUAUAUAUAUAUUUACACACACAUAUAUAUAUAUAAUUUGAAUAUAUAUUAAAUAAUAUGGGAAGAGGAAGAGUUGAAUUGAAGAGAAUUGAGAACAAAAUUAACAGGCAAGUCACUUUUGCAAAGAGAAGAAAUGGUUUGCUUAAGAAGGCUUAUGAACUCUCUGUUCUUUGUGAUGCUGAACUUGCUCUCAUCAUCUUCUCUAACCGUGGUAAACUCUUUGAGUUUUGUAGUGGCUCUAGCAUGACUAAAACGCUCGAGAAAUAUCGAAGGUGUAGUUAUGGUAUAAUGAAUGCUACCCAUCAAGUAAGUGAGAAUCAACCACAGAGCUUUGAUGACUAUCUGAAUCUAAAAGCAACAGUUGAAUUCAUGCAACAAUCUCAGAGAAACCUUUUGGGAGAAGAUUUAGGUCCACUGAAUGCCCAAGAACUUGAGCAACUUGAACAUCAACUGGAGACAUCCUUGGAGCGCAUUAGAUCCACUAAGACACAAAGCCUACUUGCCCAACUCGCAGAACUUCAACAAAAGGAGCAUAUGCUUGUCGAGGACAAUCGAGGAUUAAAAAAGAAGCUGGAAGAAAGCAGUGCGCAAGUGGCGGUGGCAGCAGCUGCGGCAUGGGGCUGGGAAGGCGGCGCCGGAGGAGGGCACAACAUGGAGUAUCCGAGCCGUGGUGUUGCUUCACAGUCGGAUGCUUUCUUCCACCCCAGAAUUCAACACACUCCCACUUUACAAAUUGGGUACAAUUCUAUUGGCUCAAUGGGAUUGAAUCAUGUCGGAUCUGAUCCAUCCCAAAAUGUCAACAGUAAUGCAUUUCACCUUGGCUGGAUGAUUUAAAAUUAUGACCUAAACUCAAAAUUAAAUCAUAUAGUCUUCUACCCACAAAAAAAAAAAAAAAAAAAAAAAAAAAAGAAGAAGAAACCAUCUUAUAUAUCAUAUAGCUUUUGAAUAAUGUCGGUUAAUUAACUUAAUCCCGUGCUCGAUUCUUAAUGUUAUUAAGAGAUCACAAUAAUCUAGUAUUUGAAUUUGAAACUUGGUCUGUAUCUCAACUAUCAAACGUUUCUCAUUUUACUUAUCAUCUCUAGCUUGUACUCAUCUAUAAUAGAUGAAAACUUGUAAUUAUGAACUCUCUAAAUUAUAUUUUUAAUUAUAUAUUGCCUUUUCCAUUAAAAGAAAU